ACACUUUCUACUCCCACCAAGUAGUUUUGUAACCGGUACGUUGAGGAACGCACGUUCACCUCUGGCCAUUGUGAAUACCUUUGCCUAUUCAGAAAAAAAUCGAAAAAAAAAUUUACCGAAGAGAUUUCGCGCGUUAAAUUAGUGACAUUCAAAAAUGGAAAAGUGUUGGAAAUUGUUUUUGAUCACGAUUAUUGCAAUCGUAUCACUGUUAGUUGUAGCGGAAUCGACAGUGCCUCAACCGAGAGCACCAAACUUCCAGUACUUUGAAAGGCCAAAAUACCGGUAUCCAUAUUACGACGAAAACGGCAAAGGAAAAUUGUUGUAUGGCUACGGAGGACCUGAAUUAUAUCAAUAUAAAUCUUAUGCCCCUCUCGAAGGCAUACAUUGAAUUAUUUUUAAUUCAUCCUACCCCCCCAAAUUUUAAGCAUAGAUAAUUAUUAUUUUGUACGCUGUAGUAUAAGUAUGUGUCAAAUAAUGUGGCGAGCAAUGCAAUAUGCGUUGAGUUACGACCACGCACAUAAAUUAUUUAAAUGAACUAUGAUGAGGUUAAACAUACGCUUAGUUAUUUGAAGCAUACUGUGAAUUGAAUUAAUUUUAU